AUGUCGCCCGCUGCUGCUCAGAUGCUCAAGCGCCCUGCCGCCGCCGCGGGCCAGGCCGGCAUCCUCUAUCCAUUCAAGGGUCUCUGGUAUUUCUGCACCCACCCGUACCUGUGGCCGCUGCUGAAAGGCCGUCUGCUGCCGUGCUUCCUGCUGUCUGUCUUUGUGCUUGCGAACCUCUUCAUCUGGACCUACCUGCCGCAGGUCGCCUUCCUGUACAUCUUCCACAGGGCUGGCGCCUGGGUCAACGGCACCUUUCUGGUGCUCGGUGAGGGCGCUGCCAUUGUCGCCAUCCUCUUCGAGGCCUUCUUCGUCGAUGAGACCCAGGUGGACAUCUUCGACGCGGUGCUCGUCGCCAAAGGCUACGACGACCUGGUCACCACCCGUCGUCAAGUGGCUCCAGAUGGCGAGAACCCGGUCAAGCGUCUAGGCCCUCGCGACCGCCAUGCCGUCUAUGCGCCUUUCAACCUGCGGCAGAUAGUCGAGUUCAUCCUGCUGCUACCGCUCAACAUUAUUCCUGUCGUCGGGGUCCCUCUUUUCAUCUUCCUCACUGGUUACAGGGCCGGUCCUUUGCAGCACUGGAGGUACUUCAAGUUCCUCGACUUUGACAAGAAGACGAGGAACCGCUACAUCAAGGAGUGGAGGUGGAAAUACACGUGGUUCGGCACGUCAGCGCUAAUGCUGCAGCUCGUUCCCGUUCUGAGCAUGUUCUUCCUCCUGACCACCACCGUCGGCUCGGCCCUUCUGGUGGUGCAUAUGGAAGAGAAGGGCAACCCGGUCGAGGACGACGACGGUCCAGACUACAUCGACAACCCGCCGCGCCAAAGUUACGGGACCUUGGCCUAG